AUGCUUGCUGAAGUUACGUCCCUUAAGGAUGUAUAUGCCUUAUUUAGUAAACUCAGUCCAAAGGAAGUAAUAGAAAUGCUGGAGGCGGAGGGCCUUCUCCUUAAACUAAAUAGGUGUUCGAAGUGCAGGACCCAAAGAACUCUAAACAAAAACAAGGACUACAAAGGUGGCUAUGCCUUUUAUUGUAAAAAAUGCAAAAAAUUUAAGAAUGUGACGGAUGGGACGUUCUUUGAUACAACAAAAAUUGAAUUCGAAGACUUCUUUGUACUUCUCUGGCUGUGGGCCUCACACACCAGUGUUAAGGUUGCAAGAAACCUAACUAAUUUUAGCAAAGUGACAAUAAUUCAAUACUUUCGCUACUUCCGGGACAUCUGCUCCUGGAAGCUGCUGACACUGGAAACACAAACAUUAGGUGGUGAAGGCAAUACUGUCCAAAUAGAUGAGAGUGUUGUGGCGAAAAGAAAGUACAUCAGAGGCAAAAGAGUAAAGACAACUUGGGUGCUCGGUAUGAUAGAUGAGCAAACUCGUCAAAGUGUCAUCCUAUACGUUGAAAAGCGUGACAGUGCUACUAUGAUCCCUGAGAUCCAACGUCAUGUGAAGCCAGGGACCACCAUUUGGACUGACUGCUGGAAGGCUUACAAUGGCCUGUCAAGAGUUGGCUACAAGCAUGAAACUGUUAAUCACAGCAAAAAUUUCAAGAGCCCCACUGGCGUGUGCACGAACUUAAUUGAAGGCCAUUGGAACAAACUCAAGAAGCACUGCAGGACCAAAAAUGUCAUGAACAGCAAGUUUUUCUUUGAAUACGUGGACGAGUUCAUGUGGAUUGAGAAGUAUGGCCCUGAUGCUUACUCCAAGCGGUAUAAUAUGAUCCAACAAAUCAAGGAGAAGUAUCCUUGCUAA